AUGUGCAUCCCAGGCGCCAUAGAGCUCAAGGCUGGGGUUGAUGGUUUCUGCAUCUUACUCUUUGGCUUGGCUGACAUCAACACACUAACGGUCAUCAGCGUGGUGAGAUACAUCAGGGGAUGCCACCCAAACAAAGCCCACUGCCUUGGCGACAAUACAAUGUUCAUCAGCCUGAUCUUCAUCUGGUUCGGGGCAGUUUUCUGAGCAGGAACACCUUUGCCUGGCUGGGGAAGCUACACAUGUCAGGAAUCUUGCUGUGACGAUGUGACCAGUGAAGUAGACUGGGCAGAAACUAACUUCUCCGCAAGCAACAAAUCCUACGUUGUGUCCAGUUUCAUUUUCUGAUUCUUUCUGCCUGUGGGGGUGAUGAUCUUCUGCUACAUAUCCAUUAUCAACACUGAAGAGAAGCGAUGUGACACUGGCCCACGCAGGAAGAGAAAAAAAGAGAGAAAAGGAAAAAGAAGACAAAAUUGUGGUCUGCUGCAUGUAUCCACCAUCAUCUGCACAUCUUCCCUCCUGGCAUGGCCACCCUACGGUGUGGUCUCCUUGUGGUCAGCCUGGGGAUUGCACAUAUCCAACAUGACCAGCAUCAUCACCCGGCUCUUCACCAAGCCGGCCAGCUUCUAAAACCCGCCCAUCUACUUUGGCCGGAGCUCCAGGUUCCAGAAGGACGUCGGGGCGUUGAUGUCGUCAGGCAGCUCGGUGUCGAUCCUGACCUGGCUCUUCCUAAGCCCCACCCCUCCACAUGCCAGGAAUUAG